AUGGCCGCAUCGGGUAGUUCUGAGGAAUAUGCUCGGGAUCAAUUAAGGCAAGGUGUGAUAAUUUUGCUGGAAAAUAUGGGAUUUUCAAGUGCACAAGAGUCACAAAUCAACAGAAUUGCUGAAAAAUGGCGACUGAUUUAUAAAGAAUAUGGAGAAAAGGUGAAAUUGUUCACAGAAGCUGCUGGAAGAACACAACCUGUAGUGGAAGAUGUUGUGGCGGCUUUUAAAACAAUUAACCAGAGAGUUCCGCUAACUCGUGAAUUUUUGCGACAAGUCAAAACGUCUUCAUUACCAGCGGUGGGUUUCACUAUUUUUUUGUAAAUUUUGAUGAAGUUCAUAUAUGAAUUUAAAAAAAAGAAGAUUGUAUUUAUUUCAGCUACCAAAUUUUCCUGCUCCUGGACCAACAGAAGUUGAUGACGAGACACAUUUUGCAGCAAUGUAUGGCCCAAGACCCAAUGAACGAGAAAUAAAUGUAAGUGGAAUUUUGUUAAAAAUAUAUUGGGAAACUGUACGGAAACGUAAAUUUAUAAUUUCAUGUUAAAUUUUUGAAAAACUGCACUAGUUUCUAAAAUAUUUCUGAACUUAUGGGAUAUGUAGCAAGAAAAUUCUCGAAGCAUUGUUUCAUAUUAGCUCAAUUUGCAAAGUUUUUUCCAGAGUCGUCCAAGCCAUGUUCCUGAAUAUUAUCCAGCAAUGCAUCCCGAGUGGCUUCCAAAUAACGGAGUAUCAGAUGUAAUAAAAUCACUGACUGCGGAGCAGAAAAAGAAAAAAGAUGAAGUCAAAACGCAGGAAAAGAAAAGUGUGCCAAAAAUACCGUAAGCAUAUAUUUUUCCUAUACUUUUUUCAAUAUUCUCAUUUUUCAUUUUCAGAAAAAUUGAAAGUAAAUGCGAUGGAAUUGUUCCAAGAUUUGAUGACAUGACUUUUGAUGAAUUAGGAUUUGUUGUCGAACCAAAAGAGCCUGUCGUGACGACUUUCAAAUCAGAUAUAUCUGCAGCGACUGGAAUUACGAGUAGUGCCAAUUUGCCAGCGUUGCCAAAUUUAUUAGGAUUGAAUAGUGCCAAAAGUAGUGUGAGUUAUUUUUUUGUGAUUAAAAAACGAUUUAAUGUUGUGAUAUCGAAACAGAAUUUUGUAAUAAAUCUGUAAACAUACUUUUUUCAGAGGUAUCCAACACCUGUGCAUUCACCAAGAAUUGUCGAUAUUGAUGAAACAUCGGUAGGCUCAUUGAAAAUUUGAUACAUAAUCAUAAACAAAUUCAAUUUUUCAGCAGGAUCGUUUCAAAAUGUCUGAUAUCGUGAAAUCCCGUGUCCACUCGCCAAUGCAUUUUGAUAGACCAUCCUCAUCAAAUUCCAUGGUUCAUGAUAUCAAACCAAUCAAGUUCACUACCAAACCAGAGAAACCAAAGAAGGAAAAAGAGCCAAAAGGACCACCCAAGCCAAAGGGAAGACCACCCAAGAAGCGACCCGAGGAGGCAUCUACAGUAAGAAUUUGUUGGAUUUUUUCAGGAAAAAUAAACAAAUUUUCAGAAAGCCAAAGCUGACUAUAUUGCCGAACAACAAAAACGUUUGCAAAUGUUCAAAGAGAAUAAAGAGCGUCAGGAUAUGGUGUCCAAGCAACUAUUCGAAGCUCUGGCUAAACGAGCUGCUCAGAAUUUGAGCGCUUCACAAGAAGCUGCUCGAAAAGCUGCUGAAGAAGCUUUGAAACAGGCUCAAAAUCAAGCUCAAAUACAACAGAAAGGUCUUAAAUUGACACUUCCGAAAUUGUUUUCACCGAAAUCGGAUGCGAUUACACCGUCUGAUGCAGCUACACCGCCAUUGGGUGCUAUGGUGUGCAUUCCACCGCCAGGUUGGUCUUUUGGAUAUUUUGAUUAAAAAAAACUAAAUAUUGAAAAAAUAUUAACUUCAAAAUGACUUCAUUAACAAGUUUCAUCAAUUUUCAAACAUGUUUUUAAAAAUUAUCCUGAUUUCAAGAAAACCUAGAAUUUCGAUCAAGCCGAAAGUCGUAAAUCAGCAAUCCCCAAAAUUAUUUUUGAAUAUUUCAAUUCCAAAAAAGCCACGAAUUUGAAGAUUGAGAGUUGUGUUUCUAUGAAAAAUCCUAUGAUUCAAUUUCAAACAUUUGAAAUUCCAAAUUUCAUUCACAAUCGAUUGUUUCUUUUUAUUCAAACAUUGAUUCUCGAUCAUAAUCAAAUCAGGCAUUUUUUUUGCAAGAAAAAUGUUACGAAUUAUUUUAUUUUUAGAGGGUCUUUUUUGUUUUUUUUUUCAAAAUACUUCAAAUUUAAAGCCAAGUUUCAUUAACUCGAGAAUUUAUGAUUCCCAAGAUCAAAAAUAUUUGAAACGAAAAAUAUAUUAAUUGUGGGAAAAUUGAAUAAAAUUUGAAUUUUUUUUCAGUUGGAGCUGAAGUUUGUCUAGGCGAAGUUGCCGAAGACGAAAUCCCUCUUGAUUAUUCGCAACAAUCAUCAUCAUCCACCCAACCAGCCAACACAACUCUCGAUUCAACAUUGGAUUCAACAGCCGACUCAACAGCUCUUCGUUCCACCCAACAAACACCAGUCAAAGAGAAAAAGAAGAAGCAUAAAGAAAAGGACAGGGUAAGUAUAAAAUUCUAUGAAUUUUAACGCAAUUACAUUUUUUCGCUGACUUUUUGUGACGUUUUUCAAGCUAUCUCUUCUUUUCUAUUUUUUUUAUUUUUCAAGGAACACUCGCCGAGCCACAAGAAACACAAAAAAAUGGACAAGGAUAGUGAUGAGUAUAAAGAGUAUAAGAGAAAGAAGAAGGAGCGAAAACAGCUGGAGCGCGAAUUGAGAGAAAAAGAAGAAAAAGAAAAGGCUGAUGCUAAAGGUUUGUUCUUGUUCUAUCUAUUUUUUCCAGCUUUUCUGGUCCGUUUUUUUGAGAAAUUUCUUUCUGUUUUCUGUUAUUUAAUGAGAAUGUGUUUUCUUUUGAAAACUGCUAAAAAUCAAUAGAACUUUGUCGAGGACUAGAAUUUUUUUUAGAAGUUUUGAAAUAUGAUUUACUGAUUCAAUAAUCAGCUCUAUGCUAUUGCAUAUCAAAUUUGUCUUGAGUUUUCCAUCUGGCUGACAGGAUUUAUUUUCCUAAAGGGUAUUUCUUAAAGGUUGAAUCAAUUUUCUUCUCCUACCCACUUUCUGUGUAUGUAUUUCAAAGAAAAAAUCAUAAUAAUUAUAGAUUUCUCAUUUCACACAUGAAUUUAUUUUUGUUCAUGUUGAGAAGGUGCAUUUUCAUUUUUCCCUUUUCAACAUUAUAUUAUAUAUCCACACUUAUACUAAUCUUUUAUGAAGGAAAAGAAGGUUGAUUAGAUGUGUUAGCUCUUAUCGAGAUGAAUGUUAAUCCUCUUCGGAUUUUUUUUUCAAAUAAUAAUAAAAAAGUAAUAAAAUGUUAGAUAUGUCAUGUGACAACUAGUUGGUGUGCUGAGGAUUCUCUCUUUUUUAUUAGAAAUUUUUCUAUAUUUUUUCUGGUCUGUUUUAGAUCUUUUAAAUAUUCUUGUUUUAAAAAAUUGAUUUUUUUCAACAAUUAAAAAAUUAGCUCUGAAAGUUAUCUAGUUUGAAAAAAGGGUAACAAUUUUGCAAACACAUUUAGACAUUUAAUCGACAAAACCAGUUUUUCAAAUCAAAAAAGGUUAUUGAAAAUCUCUAAAAAAGAUAUCGAUUGAUUUCAAUUAGAGAAAUUGUUUAUAGUUUUCUAGGAAUUGUUUUGAUUCUACAUUAAUUGCACAUUUUGUGAUUCUCAUGAUGAAUAAUGGCAAUUUUAAUUUAUCUGAAAAUCUGAAAAAUUAACGACUAUCAAAUUUUGCAUGAACUCAAGGAGAUUUGGAUUUUUUUGAAAUUUCAGCUUAACUUCUUGCGUGUUUCAAUUUUUCUCAAUUUUGGUCUAAUAUUUGUACUUUUUGUUUGAUUUGUUCUUUGCAGAAUUGAUUAAUUUCUGAUUUUUCUGGAUUCCGUUAAAUUUUAUUAUUUUCUUUUUGAAUUUCCGCUUUUUCUUAAAUUUUGCAAUUCUCAAUUUUUUAAAGAAUUCUCCGAAAAACAACUUUUUUUCCACUGCUAAUUUUUCAAUCUACGAAUUUGUCAGUAAGACUUAGAUCAGAAAUCAUAUCUCAAUAAAUCAAAAUCUCAAAAUCCUUAAUCGGCUGAUUUUUGAACUUGAACUCCUCUUUUUGGAAUCUCAAAUUGUUUCAUACUUUGAAAAAUCACAGACUACUCAUUUUUAAUGUAUUUUGUAGAUAGCGUGUGUAUUUCAGUCUGUUAGACAUUCAUCUGAAAAUUGAUUUUUGAUCUCCCAAGUCUAUUUAAAAAAAUUAAUUAUUAAAAAAAAUCCCCGCAAUUUCUCAGAAAACAAAUCACAAAUUUUCCUGACCAUUCCAUUCAAUUUCAUAUGGCAAGCAAAGCAAAAAAUGUAUGUUUAUAUGCAUAUACAUACGCAAUAAAAGGUCGUGUGAAUAAAUAUAUACAUAUAUAUUUCUUCUGCUUCUCGAUUUUCUUUUUACACGAAUAAUUUUAUCAGAACAAAAAUGCAUGUGAAAUGCCCCCUUUUUUCUUCUUCUUUUUACACGAAACAAUAACCACACACAUUUUUAUCAGUUUUUCUUGACACCGAACAAAAUUUACAUAUUAUAUUGAUUUAUAUUUGAAGAAAUUGGAGAAAUUUCUUUGAUUUAUGCUAUUUCAUUUCCUGAAUUUUAUUUCAUUUCAUUCUAUUUUAUUUUAUUUACACUUGACUCGACCAUUUCAUACAUAAAACCAAAAAAGGAGAAGAGCAUGAAAAAAUGCUCUUUUUUCUCGACCAGAAAAAAAGACAUGUAUACUGGGCUUGGUGGAGUGUGGAGAAGGCUGUCUCAAUUUUGGAAGGCGAGGGGGGUUCUCGCCGUUUUUUCUUGCACACACAAAAAUAUAUACACACUCACACACACGCCGAUGCCCGUAUGUUGCUCUUUUUUUCUUCUUGCUGUGUUUUCUCAUUCCUUAUUGAGUUCUCACUCGUUCUAUCUCUCAACAAAAUUUUUGUGUGUGCUGUUUUUUUCCCUUUCAACAUGGUCCGCCCAGUUUUCGCUCUCUUUUCUCUUCAUUUGCUGUUUUUUUGUUUCAAAAAAUGUUAACACGAAGAUUUUUGUUGAAUUUUUGAGAGUGGAUCUCGGUGGAAUCAGAUAUCUCGAAAAUUUGAGUUUUUGCUUGAAAAUUCUUAGCAAUCAUCAUUUUCGAAAAUUUCUCUCAAACUGAUAUUUUGAAUCUCGAAAUACAUCGGCUCUUUUGAACUCGAAGAUUCUGGGAUAAGAACACCAAUAAACAUCUCUUUCUGAAUUUUAUCCGAAAAUCUUGGUAUCAAACUUACUGAAGCUUCGAAUUUUUAACGGCUUUAUUUUUCUAUAAUUUUUCAAUUUUGAAUUUUCACCAACAGUUUCAAAAACGGACCCUAAUUAAUUUUUGCGAUUUCUAGGAUAUUAUGUUUCAUCAAAUGUUCUAUAUUUUUCGUAGGUGUAUUCGCAAUUGUGAUGCAACUUUUUUUGAAAAUUUUGCAUGAUUUUUUAGGAGUUCUCUAAAGUAUUUUGUUCUCUUCUUCCUAAAAAAAAAUUAAAAUUUCUCAAUUUUCAGCAGCCCCAAAACCAGAAGGAGAACGGCAAAAACUAUCAGUGAAGAUAAACUUCGCCAAAAUCCACGAGGCUCUCAAGGCUGGCAAUCAACACAAGUCAUCGUCAAUGCGAUCAGAUUUGGUCGCAAGCUCAUCGGAUCGCCCAAGUAGUUCAAGAGACGAUUAUAUUCCACAAAGAGACGGCGGUGAAACAUCGCAACCACCAUUGAAAUUCAAAUACAAGCCACUCGUUGAUCCGGAAUCUGCGCCUUCAUCUAGCGCGACUCCCGCGUCCGCAUCCACACCAACUACUGCUGAUUCAACUGAACGGAAAGUUGUUCCGCCGUUGAAACUCGGACUCAUGCACGCAAAAUCUGAGGUAUGAACUUUAACUUUUUUUGACUGAAAGCAAUUUGAAAUCUUAAAUUUUCAGGAUCACCCAUCAUCUUCCACUCCAGAGAAAGAGAAAAAGAAGAAGGAUAAAGAAAAGAAACGGGAGAAAAAAGAAAGAGAAAAAGAUAAGGAGAGAGAUCGAGAGAAGCGACGGGAGGAAGAACGAAAAUACAAGUAUGUUUUUCAUGGAUUCUUGAAAUUUGUCUGAAAAUUGGAGAGAUUCGUUAAGAACUGUAUAGUUUGCAGUUUGACAUUCUCUAGAGGGCUAGCUCAGAGACAGGCUUUUCACUUAUUUUUAAUUUUAGACCAAAAUCUCAAUUUCGCAUUUUCAUAUAAGUAUGCCAGGGACUUGUUAAGCUAGGUUGAACUUGUGCCAAACAGUUUUUUUUCGUUUUGACGUUUUCACAGUGAAAUGAUCUAGAAUUUUGAAAUAUUUUCAUUUACAUUAGAAUACUUCGACUGUGAAAAUAACUAUGAAAUAAUUUCCAAACAAUUUUUAUUUUAAAAAUUAUAUGUAUAUAAUAUCCCUAAAUUCUGAACUAAAUCUCUAAAUGCUCUAGUGUUUUCAGAGAAGAAGAACGAUCUCGUCAAGAACACAUCAAGCAACAAGAAGCGGAGCGUGAAAAAGAGAAGAUUCGCGAAAUCGAACGUCGAAAAGAAAUCGAAAGACGUGAAGCUGAGAAGUUGAGAGAAGAGAGACAACGAGAAGCAGACAAACAACGUGAAAAAGAGAAGGCGCGCGAGAAAGAAAAACGCAGAGAAGAGAGACGACGUGAAAAAGAGAAGAAAAAACAUCGCGCCAAGUCACCAACUCCAACACCACCGCCUCCGCCGCCACCGCCUCCAACUCGCAAAGUUCUAUCAGCUGAUGAUGAUGAAGAAGACGAUUCCUCAUCGUCUGAAGAAGAAGAAGAGGUACGCGAUAUUUUUUUUCAAUAAAUUCAAUUUUACAAAAUUCAUCCCUAGGUGUGGAUUUGCCCGUUUUGCUCUGUCGCUUAUACCGAAGGUGCAAAUAUGGUUUGUUGUGAUCAAUGUGAUGACUGGUUCCACUGGUGGGUUUUUUUCUUCGAAAAAUUAAGCAUACUUGCGGUAGAAAUUCCUUGUUAUAAUUUUUAUUGUUCGGUGUGCACAAAUUCAGUGAACAUUUUACGAUUAAAACUCUAUGUUCAAAUCAAAUUACAGGUUUAGAUAAUUAUAGCUGCAAUUUUAAGAAUAACUCAAAAAAUACUGUUUGCAGUUAAUUUUAGGUAUUUGUAAAUUACAGCCCAGAAUAUGAACUCUGAUUCUUACCCCAAUAAAUAAAAAAUAAAUAUAUCCAGUUUCUGAAAAAAAUAACAAAAAACCCUUUUCAUUUGAGAAGUUUUCUGUAAAAACAAUUAAUGAAAAAUCUGAUUUUGAACCCAGAAAGGCUUUUAAAUGUCGUCAUGAAGUUAAUCAAGCUGAAAACUCAUUUAACACUCAUUUUGAAUUUACGCAAUCAAAAUUAGGCAACAUAUUUUCAGAUCUAGACAAGAACAUAUGAUUCAGAGAAAAAAUCCAAUAAUAGUUUCUAUAUUUCCAGGCAUUGUGUUGGAUUGACUGUGGAACCUGCACAAAAUGUGCCAUGGUUUUGCCAACGUUGUUUGGGAAAGAAGAAACAUCGAGAUUUGAAGCGACCCGCCAAACGUUCUGAUUCCUCGUCAUCAUCGAAAAAGAAGAAGAAAGUCUAA